AUGUGGCCUAUGAUGCUGAGGAUUGCCUCCAAGAUUGUUCCGUUCAUCUCAACAAGCCAUCGUGGUGGCGCCUCCCGAGCACGCUGCGGGAGCGGCACCGCAUGUCCGCAUUGCCAACUCGUCAAGAGCGCUGCUGGAUCCAAGUCUGCAGAGGACGCUGGGCUGUCCGGCUUUGCCGGUGCAACAACAAUGUCAGGCAUCGAGGAAGCACAGCGGCAACAGAACAAGUCCAAGCUCGCCCGGCUCGCUCGUUCGUCUGGUUUUCGCAAGCGCACCGCCCAGUUGCUAGAUCUCGCGACCGUCCUCCUCCUCCGUCCACCGCCGGCCACCCCCGCCGCCCUCGAGCCCGGCGGCCGCCCCCGCCACCGUCUCCCUCAUCUGCCGGCGUCUUCCUCCGUCGUCCGCCGCCGGCCGCCCCCGCCGCCCUCGAGCCUGGCGGUCGGCCCGGCCACUGUCUCCCUCGUCCGCCGGCGCGUCUUCCUCCGUCGUCCUCCGCCGGCCGGCCCCGUCGUCCUCCGUCAUCCGCUGCCGUCUUCCUCCUUCGUCCGCCGCCGACCGUCCCGCCGCCCUCGAGCAAAUGAAGGCAACACUAACCCAUUUAGAUCUCAGUUCACAACACUGAAAGAGCACUAUGCUGUUUCAGGAGAAAGAAAUAUAAACGAUAAUCUGGAACUAGUUCAUGAGCCAGAAAAUACUGCCAGAUCAAGUGGUGAGUUUCUCCAGAGAAGUGUGUCAGCAACUGAUCUAGAUAUAACUGAAUUGGCACCACAGAACACUCACCAUGUUGCUUCAGAAGACGCAGAUGUUAAAGAUGUUCGCGGGGAUAUCUGUGUUUCACAAGCUGGUGCUGAUUUCGAAACAACUGGUGAAGUUGAAGGUUGUAUUAAGAAAAUUGAACCCAUAGGUGACAUGGGGACACAUAAACUGGUAGUCCAAGAUUCGUCUGAUGAGCUGGUAAUGCAGAACAUUACCAAAAGAAUUUCACUGGAGAGGAAACAGGUGAACCGGACUGCGACUCCUCAAGCAUCUCAUGGAGGCAUCUGCUGUCAGAGCUCCCUUUAGUAUCUUCGUGGAAAUCUUGAUAUGCAAUGCUGAGAAAAUCCUUCA